GUCGCGCGGUGUCGCAGCCGUGGAGCGGCGGCAUUGCUCCCGAAGCGACGAAGUCCACGGCGCCGGUGGCACCGAACACGGCGAGGCGUUCCCGCUGGAGAAGGCCCGAAUGGUGAGCCCUCGUUCCGAGGGAGUCGCACAGCGGGCCGUGGAGGCGCCCGCACGUCCCGGAACAGAUGGCCCGCCGUGCGCUGUCUGACGAAGAUACGACAUCAAGAAACGGCAACCCGCCUGCCCGACCGAGGUGCUCAGCUAAGAGCAAAGGUUCCGCAGAACGGAAGACGGCGACCGCUGCCAAAGGGCGGAGGACGUCGUCCGUGGAAAGUUACCGUUCCAAGGCACUACCGAGGGGCAUCAUCAAGCUUCCUCGACGCGGUUCGUCGCCCCCACCGUCUGAGAAGACGGUGCGCUUCGACCUCCCGUCCGCGAGCUCAUCGAGCAGCGGUGACGACCGUCGGUACAAGAAGGCUCGCCACCGGUCGCGCAGCUCCUCCGGCAGCGACGGGCACGGACGUCGCUCACAACGCCGGCCGUCGCAAAGCGGAAGCAGCGCCAGAGGGCGAUCCAGCCGCGCACCCUCCGUGCGGACGCCCCGGGCCAGCACCCGACCCUCGAGCAGGGGUCGCGGGCACCGUCGGUCAAGUACGAGCACGUCGUCAAGCAGCAGUAGCGACAGACGUCGCCAUUCGCUGAGCAGAUCGUCGAGCCACAGGCAUCCAAGCGGUGGGCGAACAAGGAGCCAGCACUCGAACCGGCGCGGCAAUGGGCCGUCAACGAGCCCGUCUUCGAGCGGUGGCACGAGGCGUGGUAACAUCAAACGACAUCGCAGGCCAAGGAGCACGUCGUCCUCCCGCAGCAGCAGCAGGGAGGAAAGAACGAAGCGCAAUGCGAAGAGGCAUCGCCGGUUAAAGUAGUGACAAAACAGAGAGGCUCAGCAGCAAAAAUAGCGCAGCCGCUUCACAGGGACUGCUCAACUGAGGAUAUAUAUGAAGCGCCGCGCUUCUGAAAACUGCAAAGGAUAUGCAAAAUUUAAAGUAAGCAUGGAAGGCGCUACAGAAGAUUAUUUUGAGAGAUGGCCAUGAUUUCAGACACAGCAGGGACUAUGCGUAACAAUAUAUAUUCGUCCUGGACGUCUUGUGGUAACAAAUAUUCAGUCUUGAGCACUGGUGCACUGAUUUGGCGUACUGCCUUAUCGUAAAGAGAGGCGUCCCCAUUUUUUCCCUCAAUGUUUACGCGUUCUCACUCAGCGUAAUUUUGUUCUUACCAUCACCCAGCUUCAGUGAGCAAGAAUGCGUCGUCCACCCUCACACUCAAUUUCCUGUAUUUAAAUAAAAAAAUAAUACUCUGCAGAAACCAUCGACCAUGAUCGUCGGUGUAAGCAAGCGAACGAAAUAGCGAGUGAGGAAGAAGAGCCAACUAGGGAAGUGAGAGCGCACGAACAAACGUUUCCCUGCACCACCGACCAACCACGACAACGGCCGAAAUCUAUUCGCUUCAGCAGACGACUUUCGUUACGUUGACACUGCUGAACUAUAAACAUAAUCUUUUUU